AUGUAUGACAAACGCCAAGAUUUGAAGAAAUUGGAAAAGAGAACAAGAAGAAAGAAUGUGAAAUCAUUUGAUGAUAUUUCAAAAGAUGAGAAACGACGUGAAAAACUUCUUGCUAAAUUGGCUCGUAAAACUGAAUCAAUUAAAAAACAAGGUAACAAUAUUGGAAUAUUCGGAUUAACAUCAACUGGAAAAUCAACCAUGAUCAAUAGUCUUCUUGGAAAAAAACUUGCCGAAAUAGGUAUUGGUGAAACAACAAAAGAAAUGACACCAUAUCAUGGCACAAGAUAUAUUCUUUGGGAUACACCUGGUCGUAAUGAUGAAUCUGCAUAUACAAAUCAGGAAUAUAUUUCUUUUAUCAAAGGAUUGACACGACGUCUUAUUCUAAUUCAAUAUACGAUAAAAGAAAUUUUGAAUUUAAUUCGUUUAUUGGAUGAUCUUGGAUUAGGUUAUGAUAUUGUUGUUAACAAAUUUGACGAUAUUGAUGAAGAUGAACAAGCUAAAUUUCAACGUCAGAUUCAACGUGAAAUUUCAUCACUCAAACUGAAACGAAAGAAAAAUGUAUUUUUUCUAAGUGCUCGAUAUCCUCGAAUGUUUCCAAAUUGGUUAGAAAUGGUUCACUAUUUGACAGAAGAAUGUUUUGACUACGAUGAUUGCAUAGCUACACAUACAGAUUCAGAAUCCAAUUCAGAUUCAUCAUCAAGUUCGGAUACUGAUGAUGAUAACUGA